AUGGCUGGCUGGCUGGAAACUAAAGGUGGCCACACUUUUGCCAUCUGCGAAGUUCAGAGUUUACCAGAAGCUUCUAUCCUAUGGGAACCUCUGUCGAACUCCUCUUUACCUGAGACAAACUCAUCCAGAGAAGCUAGUGGAAUUUUCAUAGUCACGAGCCGGUUACAGCUGCCUCGAAAUGCCUUUGACAAAAACCUGACCUGUGUAGCUGCCAGCCACUCCAAGUGGCCAGAGACUCGAUUCACCAUCUUUACAGGCAACGAGACUUUUAAAUGGCCUUCUGUUCUUCUGGGUGUUUACGCCAGCUGGGCCAUCAUAAAGCUUGUGACCAGCCUCUACAUCAUACACAGGAAUCGUGGACAGUUUAGAAAGAUUUGUUGCACAUCCAAAACACCAACAGAAGAAAAAAACCCACAGUCUUGCGUAUAUGAAGAAGUGGAACUCCACGUGAAGUCCAUCUGCAGCUCUUCUGAAGCACCCUCCGGUAGUGAACACACUCCUCCUCCGAUGACUCCGGUAAUGAGCACUCUGCUCCGCUGCUCGCUCUGUCAUUUCUGGGAAAAGACUCUGACUAUGCAAAUACCGGUUCCUCCCCCACACUUUAUUGAUGCUUUGCAUGGAUAUCAUAAGAAGUUUCCCUUUAAGGGUUACUGUGGGAACCCCCCACCCUCACUUGCGGUGUUCCUCUCCCUGCCGUUCUCAUCCAGCUUUGCCCCUGCUCGGAGCUCGGGCCCUGCCUUCCUGCUCCUGCCAGCUCUCACGGCCGACCACUGGGGCCCAGUGGACGGGGGCAUGCCACAGUCACAUCAGAGGGAAAAAGACAGGAAAUUCCAAUGA